AUGGCGCCCGUAUCAUUCUGGGGAGGACCGAUCACAUAUUUCCAAUGGGCCGCCCGUCAUAAGCCCGCCAUCUUCUGGUCCUUUGUCGUCGGCAGCUUGGGUCCAGUGGCAGUACUCACAGUACCUCCAAUCAGAGCGCGAUUCGGCGAUGGACCACGAAACCAGAUUCCCUUGACAUAUCCGAUCCCCACUGGUCCGCGACAGAAGCUUGCGAGCACAUACGACGAUUAA